AUGAAGAUCACAAACACACUUGGCCUUCUCUUCACUGUUCUCGCCACCUCUGCCUCCGCUACUCCUUUCUAUUAUGGCUGGUCUGACAGUGUGACCAUCCAGCUUUCCAACGACUGGUCUGGCGCAAAUGCCAAAGCCGACGUUGAAACCGAUGGCAAGCCGCACCCAAUCCAAGAGCUCUUCGACGGCUCAGAUAUUGAACAAGACGGCAAGAUCUUUGCAACAAGCGCCCAGCUCAUCAGAUUUCACCAUGAUACGCUCUGUCGCGUACUUCAAAGCGACCCCGAGGUCAAAGUCACAUUGGACGACGAAAAUACUUGGUCGUUCCUGGACCGCGGGGCCUGGGUGGAUGUACACCGCGGUGUGGUGGUCUGCAUCGAAAAAUAG